AUGGAAUCAUUAAUUAACAGGGCCAAUAGUGGUGGAUUUUUUCACAGUAACACCAAAAUUGAACAUUGGGAAUAUCAAUGGUACACUCCAGUAAAAGUAAACGGAAAUGACAAUACUGGUGAAGCAUCGUUAAAUAAUUUUUAUUCUAAUAUCAUCCAGGUGGCUAAUGACGAAGAAUCUAUUAAUAACGAUCAAGUAGAGAAAUAUUCAUUUAGAUAUAAAAAAUGGACUAGAGUAGAGACUCCUCAACAAAAAGUAAAUGAAAACGUCAAGAGUGAAAAUGAAGAAUUAGAUGUCUUAAAUCUAGCGCUAUAUGACAGAACAAGAAAACAUGACGAAGGGUCUAAAAAUGGCAAAACUACUAAUGGUAGUCUAACAGUUGAUGACAUUCGAGAUGCUGUUGGAGGAAGCGAUUCGAUUGCCGGUUUAUCUAAAGGGGAAGCUCCAGGUACUGAAUCAAUGAAAGAUAAUGCAGUAAAUAUUAAGAAAACAGUCGAAACGGAAACGUCAAAAGCAGAAGAAAUAUCUACUAAUACAGAGAAUAAUGAAUCUGUUGCUGAUACGCCAUCUUUGAUCGAUUCUCCAAUGGAAGAAACACCAAUAAUUGAGACACCGAAGGAAACUGAGUCCUCUGUUGCUGAAACUCCUUUAACUACGGAAGACGCAGAGAAAACAAAUCAAAGCACUCCAAGCCCUGAAGAUGACGAUGGCGACAUUAAUAUGGCAGAUGCUACUUAA